UAAAAAAAUAAAUGAGUGAAUCAUCGAACUUUUUCGUUGGAAAAUACAAUUUCUCAAGAAGAGUAUUAAAUCAUAGAGUGCCAAUUGAUUUCAAUCAUGGAAUCACAUAAAACCCUUUUGAUUUUAUUUGGAGAUCUUCUUUCAGAAAUCUUAUUGUUUCAAAGUAUAAAUCGAAAAAAUUAAAAAUUUUAGUUUAAUACGUAAUAUGUCAAUGUGGUAUUGUGGUGCAGCAAUUGUUAUUGGAAUAGCAUUAAAUGAAUUUUAAAAUUAUAGAAGAGAAGGACAUGUAUUCACUAAUCCUAAGUAUAAUAAUUACUAUUUUAGAACCCAACCCUAUUUAAAUUAUGUCAUCAAUAGUAGAAAUAAAGAAGCUAAUCUAGGUAGAUGGAAUGGCAAUUUUGCUUGUUGGGAAAAUGAACCACUUUGUGGUAGAGAUUUUGAAUGACAAAUCUAUAAUACAUACAUUUAUUAGAUAAUUG